AGAAGAAGAUAAGUGUAUUGAAUGUAUAUUGGUUGCAUCUUUUGUGUAGCCUCCUAAAGGAGUAUAUAUAGGGAAAAUCCGGGUCUGGGCCUCUAAUAUGGGCCUGACACACCCGGUUACAUAAAUGGACUGACAGUACAAAAAACUAAUCUAGAACAUCUGAAUAAUAAUAAUGUACAAUAACAUGAAUGAUAUCCGCUAAACGUGUGUGGGCCGCUGUCUAGGCCCAGUAGUCGGCAAACCGGGGGGUCGGAGUCCAUAUAUUCCAUCAGGAGUCCCCCACUCCCUGAGUCAAGAGUACUCGAGGCGAAAGGGAGUAGUCCAAACUGUAUCUGCAACGUUCUUCUGUGUUUGAUUUCUUCCUCUCCGGCCGGGGGACCACCACCCUUGUCCAUGAUGGGGAGGUGCCUCGUUAAAAACCUUUACUAGGAAAAAACCCAGUGGGAAAAAAUCCUAAUAAAGGGAAAAAGAGUACACCUAGCACCCCUAACAUGAAACAAGGAAGGUAAGUUCCCUCAGGCAUAAUCAAUUUUUGUCCAGCUCUGCUCCUCUUCAUCCGACUCAGCUUUCGUUCCUACUCAUGCGUGAUAUUUUCUGCUCAUCUAGAAACUCUGACCCCUCAGUCCCCCAGUCCUUGAAACGAGUGGAGACGAGGUGAAAAUGAGUAAAGUCGUCUUCGUACCUACACAUUUAACAUGCAUAAAUUUUUUUCUUGGGGUUUAUGUUUCCGAUCGGGAGUUCGUCACUUUAAAAAAGUGGAAAUGUGAAUUGCUAAUGUAAUGAUAAAAUACUUAGUAGAGUGGAUGUGUGAGCCAUUCGUACACAACGGUCGCCACCCUUGGAAUGAUUAAGACCGGUCUUCAUGCCCGACUUGGUCGGGGCUUUGUGCCUGACUUGGUCAGGACUUUAAAUCCUAGUGAUGGGUCUCAAGUCACAGUCUACUAGGCAUUUGAUCAUAAUUGUGUGAUAGUGUGAUAUUUAACCGACAAAAAAUAUUGAUUAAAAUAAACAUAAAUAAUACGAGAAUUAAAGAGUACUUAUCUUUUUUAAGUGGGCUGAAAUAAUUUGGUGGGCUUCACAGAAAUGAACAACAUCCAACGAUCCCUUGAGCCAAUUUUAACUUUCAGAAGCCCAUUGACUAUUGUGGUCCAUUGUACUUCACUCGUAGUAGGCAAGUGGUAGCCACAUAACCACGUUAUUGCAUUCCAAAGUACACAACAUCAUUGAGUUGUUGCAGUCGGCUCUCCCAUCAAGCUAGCAGUUUCGUCCUGGGCCCAAGACACCAGCCUUCCUCUGCGUCUAAUCGGUCCACAACUUCUCCAUCUCUGACUGCUAACCCCCCUUUCAUUCUGGAUUUCUGGCCCUUUGUACGUGGUCUGCUUUCUCAGCCGAGCGAGGAUCAUCCGGUUUUUAUAUCAUGGAGAGCCAGGUGAAACAUCCCACCAUGGCCAAACUCCCCAGACACAGUCAGGAAUGGCCUCCCACUCAACAAAUCACAGCCAAAGGCCUCCCAAGCGACGUCCUAAGACGGUUAGAAAGCAAUGGUCCAUCAGCGAUUUCGAGAUCGGGAAACCCCUCGAAAGGGAAAGUUCGGUCGGGUCUACUUACCUCGUGAAGUGGAGACGGAGUCCAUAGUGGUACUAAAGGUGAUUUUUAAAGAGCAAAUAGAGAAGUACAGGUUGCAUCAACAGCUUAGGAGGGAGAUGGAGAUACAGAACAGUCUCAGGCAUCCAAAUAUUCUGAGGCUCUAUGGGUGGUUUCAUGAUGAUGAGAGGAUUUUCCUGAUCUUGGAGUAUGCUCAUGGUGGUGAACUCUACAAGGAACUCCGCAAAUCUGGCACAUUUUCUGCAGAACAAGCGGCUACCUCUUUUGUAAGCCUUGCGCAAGCACUGGCUUAUUGCAACGAGAAAAAUGUGAUUCACAGGGACAUAAAGCCGGAAAACCUCUUACUGGACCAUCAGGGAUGGUUGAAGAUUGGGGACUUUGGGUGGUCAGUGCAAUAAAAAAGCAAGAGACACACAAUGUGUGGAACGCUGGAUUACUUGGCACCAGAAAUGGUGGAGAACAAAGCUCAUGACUAUGCAGUUGAUAUCUGGACUCUAGACAUGCUUAAUGAUGACUGAAGGCGGCCACAGCUCCAGCUCUGGUGGAGUCCUUCAAAGCUGCGACGACCCUAACUUGGAGCAGCGCUGGCGAGUUUUGCAGCCACGGUUUGCGAGAUCUACAGCCAUGGUAACAAAAUCCGGACUGGGUGGUAGCGAGAUUCAGCUGAUAGCGUGCAGGCGGUGGCAUCUCCGGCUCAGAUCUGGAAUUUUCAGAUUUGAAAUUCCAUAUUUCCCUCUUUUUUGAACUUUCGAGCACAGUUUUGGCUAGUUUUUUUCGUGUUUGGAAUGAAUUUUUGGUUGUUUGCGGGAGGUUUUCUCACUUGAUUGUGUUCAAACCUCUCAACGAGAGCACCAUUGUUGGAUAAUCGAUACCCAUAUUGUAUGAAAAGGAGAUUUGAACAAGAAUGUAGUAGGGGAAAUGGAGAAGAAGAAGAUAAGUGUAUUGAAUAUAUAUUGGUUGCAUCUGUUGUGUAGCCUCUUAAAGGAGUAUAUAUAGGGAAAAUCCGGG